UGAACUCUGUGGCAGCUAAGUUGGCAUAGGCACUAAUAGAAUUUCAAAUUACUAUUGAUUGAAUUCUAUCAAAAAAUAAAAGGAACUGUGUUUAAAAUUUUCUCAUGAAGGCAGAGUUGUGUGCGUGAUUUAGAAGCCUUUCAUAUAAAUUGAGCGCGAACUUCACAAAUAAAUAACUGAAAUGGGGUUAAAUUGCUGUUUGAAUAUGGUGGGGACAGCGCGAUUACUGAGACUGUGUCUCUUUCUUCUGCUCAUCAUUACCAUAGUUGGUGCAGACAUAUCCACUGUUGAACGAAUACGGAAACACAAAGAAUGGCUGAACCAACGAAAACAACAGAAGAGCAAUCGGUUAGCGUUGCUCGUGAAUCAUCCGAAAUCUAACUACGAAAUGGCUAAUCUAUGGCGUUAUCCGAAACCAGGGUUUGAAACGAGUGCAAAUGAGGUUUAUCCAGAGAGCGAAAUUGUGGCAACAGACGUACAACAACAACCACCUACUACAACAACGCCAACUACUUCAACGCUAUUGAUCACAACAACAAAAGGGAUAGAGACAACAUCUGCUGGAACUACAAUCGGCAACAGCGAGGUUCAAACAGUAUUAGCCGCCACGCCCACCACAGCGGCAGCCAUAACCACAACCACAACCGCAACAACUACAAUGCAGCAACCGACAACAGAGUCUAUUAAUGUUUUAAAUGAAACAAUAAAACAAAAAGUCCCCGCGGUUACUACGCCAACUGCGCGAGGGGCAGGUGUACCCGAAGCACCUAUUAUUAGCCAUAAUGUUGUGACUGAGACGCCUAAAAUUGUAGUUAGUACGAAAGCCACUACUGUAAGGACAACCACAAUGACAAGCACUGAGUCAUCACAGAGCACAGCUGUUGGAAAUGUGUCUGAUUUGACGACAAGCGAGAGCUCAGCUGUGACAAGCACGAAGCGACCGAACGCUGGUCCACGUCAACGCCCCUACCCGCGAUGGGGCACUUGGGGCAAGUGGAGUGAUUGCUCACGCAGUUGCGGUGGCGGUGUACGCUUUCAGCAGAGGAAAUGUAUCAAUCG